ACCACAGCAACAGCACCCAUCAGCAACGACAUCCAACUAUCCUCGAAGCACUUGACUCAGUCAACUACUUAAUACCUGAUCCCAGUAAGAAAGGAAGACCCGAUACAUACCAUGAACAACGGUCAAUCCGAAGAGAGAACUUCCCAAAACCGAGAAGAGAACACAACCCCAAACAAGCGUCCCAGAGAUUCAGAAUCCAACCCAGAUUAUUCGUCACCCAGACAUCACCAGGGCCGGCGGUACAAUGAUCGGAACCCAAGAGACCAUCAACGCCGGCGUACGGGUGGCUAUAAUGCCUCUCCAGCCCCAGCGUCCCAUCUCGGUAGCACAACAGAUCACCGAUAACUUCUUGAAGGGCGCUCUGGACCUUUCGGUGACUCUGAACGCUUCGAUUUUCGACACGAAAUCCCUGAGCUCAUCAAGAGAACCGAGUCUCAUCACUCCCACCUUCAUCUGAUAGAGGAUAUCCUCAAGGCCUUCCGGAUCGCGGCUGCUGAGUUACCACACAAGUUACCACACCUCGCACUUAUGAUAUCUUUUCUCUCGGUGCCUCCACCAGCCAGCGAAACCACCAAAACUGAAGACCCUUCUGCGCCUUCGAUAGGGGUUCAAAUCAUACGAGAUCUGGCCCGCACUUUCCAAUUGCACAUCGAUAAUCGUCGAUGGCGAUCAACUAGGUUAUACCUUCACCUGUUCGGUCAUUUACACGCGCUUUCUCGUCCAUUGGUUUCCUCCCAGUCUCUCCUCGCUCUACUUCGUGCGAUUUUUAGCGCAACGACAGACGAAUUGACUUGUACGGGUGCCCGUGCAGAUGAGUGUUUGAGGAUCGUUUGCGAGGGUCUGUUACGUAGCAAUCUAUUGAAAAGUGAGGAUGAUGAGGUUAAGAAGGAAGUCAACGAGCUCGUCGAAUCCAUUCGAGUUCAUAUGGUCGUCAAUCGUCGUCUCGAUCGCUCCUUGUUCAAUGAAUCUGAUUGCCUUUCUCAAUACAUUGAUCCCGUCGAAGAACUUGUUGCUGCGCUCGAUGGGGCACCUAGUGUUGAUAUCCUACCGGUUCUUGACGAGGCGUUUGGCCCCCUCCUUGAACAGCGUAUUGCAGUCUCUGACCUCGAAUCCCCAUAUCCAAAACCUUUCGACCUGCCGAUCGUACUCUUGCCUCCCGACGUUGAAGAGCCUGGUCUAGAAACCCACCCUCCGGCUCCCAAACCUGAAAACCUUGGCAGUGAUCCCGGCCCAAUACCAUUGGACUCAAAAGAUCGCACAAAUUACCUUGGUGUUAAAUUGUUCCUGAAGCUCUUCUCUGACAAUACCGUACCAAAUCGAGCAACAGCUAACGGAGUGGUUCUGCGUACCUUGGUAAACGAUGUUAUCGAUAUAUUCGAAGUCAACCGCAAAGAAUGUGCUAAAAUUCUACUCGAGCUACCCCGUUGGGUCGGCAGGGGUACUUUCAAAACCAAGGGUGCAGUCGCCAAACCCAAAACUGACGAAGCGGCCAACACCAUUGAAGAAUCAACAACUGAGUCACCUGAGUGGAUUCUUGAGCAUCUUCUUCUUGAAUCGAUUCUCACUUCUGUCUUCGCUACCCCGACUGCCCCGAUCCGGCCGGUAGUUUAUUACCAUAGCCUGAUAGUCGAACUUUGUCGACUGUCACCCUCGACUGUUGCCCCCGCGCUCGGCAAAUCUGUCAGGAGGCUCUAUGGUGGAUUGGGAGAAGUUGGGGCUGAUGCUGUGACAGUUAGAUUGGAGCCUGAGGGCAUUAGGCGGUUUGCUGAAUGGUUCGGAAUCCAUCUGUCUAAUUUUGGAUUUUUAUGGGCUUGGAAGGAUUGGACGGACGUAACACAAUUGCCGGUAGCUCAUCCCAAGCGUGUAUUUGUCUCUCGAGUGAUCGAGCUGGAGAUUAGAUUGAGUUACUACGAUCGCAUCAAGGAGACAGUCCCUAGUGCAUUUUUAGAUGCCGAGCUGAUGCCAUCAGAUGCACCUGGUCCUGCUUUUGAAUACGAAGAUCCCGCGCAUCGAGAUCAUCUUGCUGCGCUUGAUGUUGUUCAGCUUUUGAAGCACAAAGAACCUGUGUCUCGACUGCUGGACUAUCUCACAAAAAUGCAAGAACGAUUGAUAACCGAAGGGAUUCAGGAACCCGUACAAGACGUCACUCGGGAGGUGGCUAUCCAAGCUCUCUUGAACGUCGGAUCCCGAUCCUUUUCGCAUUUCUUGAAUAUUUUGGAAAGGUAUUUGGAGCUCCUUCGAAACCUGACGAAUUCUGCAAAUGCACGAGCUUCAUUGCUACAAACGGUGUCAAAAUUCUGGAGAAAGAAUGGGCAAUUCGAGUUAAUAGUGAUCGACAAAUUACUUGAAUACCGAGUAAUCGAUCCGAUCGAUAGUCUCCGACAUAGUUUCGAAACUUACAAGACAUCUCAAUGGGGUGAAUUACAAUUUUGGGAUGGGAUGAAACUGACGAUCGAAAAAGUGACUAAAAGAGUGAAAGCUAGUCGUACCAAAUUAGCCAAAUUAAAGAAAGAUGAAGAGGAUCAACGCGAUCGUCAACGUGCUGCUGGUGGCGAAAUCUUGGAAACUGGAAAUGGGACCGCCAACAUGGGCGAUAUCAACAUGAAAGAGGGGAUCGAAGGAGAAGAAGGGAAAAAGGAUGAGGAACCUACGGAAGAAGCCCAAGGAGAAAGUACCCAACUGAAAGAAGAAUUGGAAACAAUGAGACGAGAUGAAAUAGCGACAGCUGAAAGGGAAUUGGAAGCCAAUCUGACCGAGCAAGUCGUAGUCUUGGCCGAGGCGAUCAGUCGCUUCUCGAGCGCUCGUUCAGAGGCAGAAGAAAAGCUUAAAACCGAACAGGAAUCUGUUGGCGGUGAGGAGGAGGUAGAGCCAUCGAACGGCGAGGAAAAGGACCAAGCCCGGAAGGUUUCUUCUAAGGAUAUCGCUUUUUGGAAAGCUUGGUGGCUCAGAGGAUGGUGUCGAGAAUUCUAUAGAUUGUUUGGAACCGAAAUUUGCACGCAAUUUGAUCAAAUUAUGGAGCGACUCGAUCACCCAAAGCAAUCAGUGGCUCCAAAUGGACAUGCCGAUGACCAAGCCACUACUGAAGCUCAACCACCAACUAAUGGAUUGUUGACCGUCGACGAGAAAAUCAAGGAAGAAAUUAAAUUGGCUAAGGAAUGGGUCGAAACUGUUGGGUUACAAUCCAUGUAAAGAACAUAUCCGAAGUGGUACUUUACUCAUUAGCACAAUCAGGCCCAAAAGAAGAAGAAUAAAUAAAAAACUAAAACUAAAUGAUUGUUAGUCAAGCUAUAUAGUAUGUUAGACCAAUUGUAGAAAACACAAAAUCUCAUUGUUUGCGCUUCUUAAAUAUUGCUCUUGAAAAAUAUUGACUGAUGCUAUGGCAAAAUUAACCGUAAAAUUGUAACUCAAAAGUAAACUCGUACACAGUCCGUAACAAUGAUUUUAUAAAUAUCAAGAUGUCAUAUUCUGGUUGAAAGUUUGGAUGGAUCUACUUCCGUGAAAC